AUGAACCAGGCUGCGGCGUGCUCGGUCCUGCUGUAUGCCUUCUCGCUGGUGGCCCUGACACCGGCCAGGAGACGCCUCCUAGAGGGACCCCACAUGGGAGCGGUGAGGGCCAUCCUGGGACUCCCCAAAUGCUCGCCGGUGGCAGCGACUCUUGCGGAGGCGGGAGAGUGGCCCCUGACGCUACGCAUGCUCCAGCGUGCGUUAGGACACAUCGACCGCCUUCACCACGCCACAGACGGCAGGGCCCUCCUGGAGCGCUUUCGCGGCCAGCCCGGGUCACGGAUGGGAGGUCUCAGCCUGCUGUACGACCAGAUGGUCCCGAAUCCGCCAAUUCAGGUUGCCCCCUCCACCGCCACACGACCGGCCACCAGAGGUCCACCUCUGCUUGGAUGGGGCAACCAAGCGACGAACACAUGCGGCCGCACUGCAGCAGGCAGCCACCUGCAAGCUCCAGGAGCAACUGGAGGGGCGGCUGCAGGUGUUCACAGACGGAUCCGUCAUGCCAGAUGGGACCACAGCGGCUGCAUGUGUCAUCCCGUCCAGGGCCAGCAGCAGGCAGUGCAGGCUGCCCUUCCUGGCGAGCUCCACGGCUGCGGAGCUGGCUGGUCUUCACCUGGCGGCGGACCUGUUGGCCGAGGACAUCCCAGCUGAGCCGGUUGCGGUCCUGUGUGACAGCAAGGCGGCCCUGCAGACUCUGGCCAACCACCGACGCGCUGGGCUGAUGGC